AUGGUUUUAUCUUCUGUAGGGAGGAAAAAACUGGCUGGCCAGGCUGCCUUCCUCUUUUUCGACGUGGUGGUUUUGGCGCUUUCGGCACGGGUGAACCAAUUUCAAGACUUCUUCUAUGUGGCAGACAUCUUCCCCCUUGCCCUCUCCAUUGUUUCACUCGUGCUCGUAGUCAUUCUGAUCGUGAUGGAUCUCAUUCUAUACGACUCUUACACCAGCCGGCCGCAGUUCGAGAUUGGGUUUUUUGGGGUGCUGAGCAUCUUCUGGCUUGCUUUCAACGUGUUUUCCACCGCUUGUUGGCGUCAGAUUCCCUUCAAAUGCAAUUCCAUCCCGGCAGAAUUCAUGGAUGAACGAGUGUGGUGCAAAACCUUGCAAGCACUGAAAUCAUUUGUGUGGAUAACUUUCGUUACUUGCAUUGCUAUCACCCUUUUCACCCUGCGCUACUCGAUCUCCCAGUACAAGCGAGGCAACAAGCAUGUCUUCCAAAUGCCACUUUCCCGCUAUCGUCCCGAAAUCGGCCCCAGCAGCGAUGCGUUCCGGGCAGGACGAGGUAGCGAGUUCUUGCAGUUUGAGAAGUUGACUUGA